UUUAAUUCGUAAUUCAUUGUUGAAAAUUGAUCUAGAAGAGAUCGCUCGCGAAAUGUUGAUUAAUAUUCUGUGUAUACGUCAGGUUUUGGAGUGCCGCUCGGAUUAUACGGUGCAUGGUUACCGAUGCGGAUGUACGGCAACGGCGGAGCUUCCGGUGUCCCAAUGUUACCGCCGCACACCUCCGUCAGUUAUCCGUCCCACCAGGAUCUUUAUCAGAAUCGGUUGUCGCAGCAUCUCGGUCCAGGAACGAAUCACCUUCAAGGCGCGGCUUAUCCGGCCGCUUGUCAGCGUAGCUCGAACCUUCGUGGCUCGACAAGCCUCACGGACAGCGAGGAUGACGGUAGCAUCGAUUCACCGGCAUCACCUGCACACGAUCUUUCCAAGUCCAGACACGGUUCGGAGAAUGGUCGCGGCUCGGCGGACAGCGAGGACGAGGGCGGAGGGUUGAGCGUCGCUGGCGAUGGUCACGACGCCAUCGACACCAUGUCCAGCAACGCGUCCAGCAACGUGAGCCCCGGUGGUUCACUGGAGAACGGUCAAAACACGUCGACGAGCGGCACGUCCAGCAGCAGCAGCAACAACAAGGCCAGACGCAGACGGACGGCGUUCACAUCCGAGCAGCUGUUGGAACUGGAGCGAGAAUUCCACGCGAAGAAGUACCUCAGUUUGACCGAGAGAUCGCACAUCGCGCACGCCCUCAAGUUGUCCGAGGUCCAGGUGAAGAUCUGGUUCCAAAAUCGGCGAGCCAAGUGGAAGAGGGUGAAGGCAGGGCUGAGCGGCGGCGGAGUUGGCUCCGGUGCGGGCAGCAUGGCGACCGCCGGUGCCUCCAGCAGGCACAACGGUGCAGCUGGACAACAUUCUGGAAACGGGACCAGGAUCGUCGUGCCGAUUCCGGUGCACGUUAGUCGACUGGCGGUGAGAUCUCAUCACCAUCAUUUGGAGAAAUGCGCCAGGCCGCCGAGAGUCAGGCCAACGACCGAGAGCCCCACGUCGUCCAGCGCCCCGUCGUCGGUCCUCGGGGACGCACUUGGACUGGUGAACUCGUCCAUUAACUUGAGCGGACAGGUGCAGAGCCCUCUGAGCGGCGGUGUUGGAAUUGGAGUCGGUGUCGGGCUAAGAGCGUUCACGGUUCCCUCUCAUCGUGGUGGUCUCAGUUCUUCCGGCAGGUAGUGAAAGCUACGAGGUGAACUGUGCACGUGGGACUAAUUGCAGGUUCGUGGCCAGAAUCGUAAUCUUGACGGUUUGUUCGCGAGACGAGGAGGUGUCAGUGACGGAGGCGGUGUGUGCUUUUUCGAAUAGACGGACGGCGUAGGUGGCUGUCUGUUUUAACGAUGGUGACGUGAUAAUAACUUGUGGAAUCGCACGGUGAUCUGGAUAUUGUUACGUGAAAAUUACGAGUGAUGAGAGAGGGAGGAGACACGUUGUCUUUGACUGAUUUACAAUCGUAGAGAUUGCAAUUGACACGAGAGUUUGUACUAGAAAUUUGUUCCCUUGGCUGUAUUAUGAAACAACGUGUUUCUUACGCUGAUUCUCUCUUCUAUCUCUCAGUUUCUGUAUCGCGUGUCAUCGAGUCACUCAAAAAUCGUCCGAUUUCCUGUGAGAUCGGUCGGAACGAUUGAUCGAUCUAAAAAAAAAAAACACGUGUAUAUCUAUCCUAAACCUUGGAGACGACGGGAUUUUCCAAACAGCAUCAGAGAUGCAUCGAGAUUCAGAAUACGUUUUGUUAUAUUUAUAUAAUUUAUUUUUUAAAAACACAUAGUUUUCGAAACUAUGCUCUCCAAGCGUCCAAGUAUCCAAGGAUUGACAGAGAGGAAUUCUGUAAAUAGCUUUCACACAGCGUAUCGCCUAGACUGUAUUCCCCGUAUACGGGCCGUAUAAGUCGUACUUGUAGAUAAUUUCUUUACGUUUAAACGUAAACCUCCGCUCCAUCCCAGAAGUAUCGUGCUCUACAACGAUACCGAUAUCGAUCGGGCGUGCGAUCACCGCAGCUGCGUUAGGGCCGUGGAGCGGAAGAACGGAAGAAAGUGUAUAUCGAGAAGGCAAUAAAAUGUGCGAAUAUCAUGUGGAA